GGUGCUCCGCCACCUCUGCGUCGGGGAAGGAACCGAACAAAACUUGCGGUUUUCCAAGUGCUACGCAGCUCCUCCCCUUCUUCUUCUUUAUUCAGAUUCGUUACGAUUACGAGGACCGACGGAAAAGUCCUUCGCUGCAAUUAGCAAACUUAGAAACUUCAAUUCAUUUCCUCUCCGCAAUUUCCACUUUUUUUCUCUCUCAGAAAUCUAGGGAUCAACCAAAUCUCUCUGUCUCCUUUUUCUUCCUUCAAAUCCACAGUCAAAAACGGAAAUCACACCAUGAAUAUCUUCAGAUUUGCCGGCGAUAUGACUCAUCUAAUCAGCAUCCUGGUGCUCCUCCUCAAGAUCUAUGCUACCAAAUCCUGCUCAGGGAUUUCGUUGAAGACUCAGGAGCUAUACGCAUUGGUGUUCUUGGCUCGCUAUUUGGAUCUGUUCACGGACUUUAUCUCUGUGUACAACACCAUCAUGAAGAUAGUGUUCAUUGCUAGCUCUCUUGCUAUUGUUUGGUGCAUGAGAAAACAUCCUGUCGUGAGGCGUUCCUAUGACAAGGACCUUGACACAUUUCGCCAUCACAUCGUUAUUGUGGCUUGCUUGGUGUUGGCAAUUUUUGUCCAUGAGAAGUUCACAUUCCAAGAGAUCUUCUGGGCAUUUUCAAUCUACUUGGAGGCAGUUGCAAUUCUUCCCCAGUUAGUUCUGUUGCAAAGAAGUGGAAAUGUGGAUAAUUUAACUGGACAAUAUGUAUUCUUUCUGGGAGCUUACCGCGCUUUCUACCUUCUCAACUGGAUCUAUCGCUAUUUCGCAGAGCAGCAUUUCAGUCGAUGGAUAGCUUGCAUCUCUGGUAUUGUGCAAACUGCUCUCUACGCAGAUUUUUUUUACUAUUACUUCAUUAGCUGGAAAAACAACUCAAAGCUUCAGCUGCCAGCUUAAGCCAAAUGUUUGGAGAACCUUAUACCUACUAUGAGCAGAUUUACUACUUCUUAAGUGACACUGGUUGGCUACACGAAGAAGAGUCACAUGGUUUAUAGUUCUUGCAGUUUGAGCCCCUCCUAUAAUUUUGAGCUUGUAAAUAUAGGAGGGUGAAAAUGGAGACUGAACGAACAUUGUACAUGGACAUGACAGUACCAAUUCAAUUAGUAGAGGUUGCAGAUUUU